UUCGUGUAACAUUAUUUGCUCCUGGUAGCGGUUUUAAAUCGAAAGUUGGAAAAUGUAAACACUUUACAAACCUUAAGAAGUUUUGUUUUCAACAUGUCCAGUCUUUUGAGUUUUUGGCUUGACGAGUAUUAAACAAUUUUGUAUUCUUAUAUAACACCAUAGAUAUCCACGAUAACACACGAGAUUUCAAUCUUUGACUAACAAUGACGGAAGAUUUAAACACUAUUGCUCGCCGUAUUGUGUGUGCACCUCUUCCUGAAGCGAAGGACUGGCAAAAUUAUUACGAGUCUCUGAUCCAACUGGCUUCACGUUUAUUAAAAGUAGAAAAACAUCAUGAAUUUUUUUUCGCAGGUAGCCUGACUGAAGAUGGCAAAUUCUUUCGUGCAGACGACCUUGGUGACGUGGACCUAAUGAUUUCCUCGCUUGAUUACAUUCCAUCAGCGUGUGAUCUGGUUAAUGUUCAUGAUUUGCCAGGAUUCGUAAAAGUUAAAGUAGCUGAAGUUGUCGCAGGAGAUGUACAGUAUUACCCAGCAGAAAAUUUAACGCAUACUUAUUUGGGGGGUCUUCCUGUCGGUUACCAGCCUCUGCUAGCUUUGAUUGCAUCACGUUCGAACUUUAAGGAUUUGCAAUGCUCGCCGAUGUUGGACAAGCUCCACAAUGCAGCAUACAGCAUUGAUUUCACAUCGUCUUUUCCGUCGCCAUCGUCGCAGUUAGAACGUUCUACGGGACAAUUAAACCCAUUGCAAAAGUCGAUGAUACACGAUAUUGCUAAAUCUCUUGCGAUUGGUUACGGUGACGAAAAUGCACGAAAGACGUGUGACGAAAAUGUUAAACUUACGAUUGAAACAUUAGAGAAGUUGCCACAACAAAAUUUAACGAGCAUUUUUGGUGUUUUGGGAAAAAUCACAGACGUUUCUGAAGAUGGACAGACAAUUUCUAAAGAUAAACAGGAAGUGACUGUUGAUAAACAAAAGGAAGAGUUGGAAUCAGCACCACCAACAACAAUGCCAUCGUGUUCACACGGCAAUGAAGCUUCUGUUGAAUCAACACCUGACCAAAAUUCUGAAAAUGAAAGCGAUGCAAGCAAAACUGGAAAUGAUAAGAGUGCCGCAAAACCUGAUGGUAUCUAUCCUAACCAAAUCUUCAAACAAUUGGUUGCUACUCGCCUUUUUGCGUCAAAUGAACGUCAUUCCCAUGACAACGAUUUAAACAAUCAUCCUGAAGGUGAAGCUUGCGGAACUUAUAUCUCUAACAAAAGCCCUAAAUCUACUGCUGAAUUACCUAGAAAAAGUGGUAUUGAUGUUGUUCCCACGUUAAAAUGCACCGGCUGGCCAACUAUAGCUGUUGGUUGGUUAACUAGAACGAGAAAAUGGCCAACUGCGGAAACUAUUGCUCAAAUUAAAGAUAGCGGAUUUCAUUUAGUUGGUAAGUAUCCUGAGAAGCUAAGCGAAGAAGAAGCAAAAUUCGUGUUUAGGUUGUCGUUCUCGAAAGCUGAAAAUAUUUUAUGCAUGGCCAUGAAUGAAGUACAAAAACAAUGCUAUAGACUGUUAAAGGCUUCUUUCCACGAAACAUUCAAACCUUUGUCCGAAUGUUUUACUUCGUAUCAUAUCAAAACGUUGUUGUUUUGGCAGUGCGAGGAAAAAGAGUCAAAGGAGUGGAUCGAUCUUGGUGAAUGUAUUUUCCUAUUGUUGCAUCGUUUGCUCCAAGCAUUAGAAGAUCGUUCCUUGAGGCAUUAUUUCAUUAGUCAGCUAGAUCUAUUUGAUGGAUUGACAAAAAUGGAGCUGAGCGAUUUGCAUUCGCAUGUUCUCACCAUAUUACAAUCUCCUGAAAAAUAUUUUCAAGAUUUGGAAAUUUCAAUAAAAAAAUCUGCGGAACUCGUUUCCGCAAAAGCUGAAUCGACUGAAACACAACCGGAAGAACUGGCGGUUCCUGAAGUUUUGAAAACAAAAACAUUUCAACAACUACAUUCUGAAGAGGUUGAAAUGUUGGGCCAAGAAAUUUUAAUUGAGCUACGAUCAGAACAGCCUCCUUCGGAUGAAUAUUCUCCAGAAUUUCACUAUAUCAUAGCCGCGAUGAAAGAAGCCAUUGAUACAGGAAAGUUUUCUCCUGAAGGUUUUGAAAAAGUACUGAGUGUUUCAAAAGAUUUUCUUUAUUUUCGUCACGUUGGGAAUUUGAAUGAUAUGCUGAAUAGUGAUAACAUCCGCAGCAUUGUCUUGUCUGAUUUCUGCUUACUUGCAGACUGGGUGAGAGACCUUUCGGUGAAACCAAUGGAAAGUUUGCAAGCCGCUGCUUCUUCAGACGAUGAAGCCAUGAGAUUGUCGAUGUCUUCAAUGCAAGAUGGCGGAUUUGAUUUUACUCAAUUUUUUCCUGAUGGCGGAAAUAUCAUAGAAAGUUUUUCAAACGUUUUGCAAUAAGUAUUUUAAUAAUUUCUUUAACUCAUUUACAACUCUAAAGAUUGAGCUAGAUUGGUGCUAAAUAUACAUGAUGUCGCCCGACUUUGUUAACGAUAUCUUUUUAAAUAUAUACAGUCGAAUCUCUAAUUGGCGGACUCUUUUGGGGCAAUCCGUCGUUAAUUAUAGGUGAUCGCUAUAUUGACAGUUUCCUUUUUCUGUUUCAAUUCGACAAGAACGGAUUUCUAAUUUCACACGAACUAGGUAACCCAUAAGUUAAUCCAGUUUAGUUUAAGGAGUAAUGAAAACACUCAAAUCGUAAAAUAUAUUUUCACGGAAAAAGGGCGAUGUUGAUGCAACAAGUAACAUGAAAAAUAAAUGUUUGAAGUGAAGCGUUGUAUUUGCUAACCUGUCUAAUACUUUUUGUUCUGUCCGCUAAUUUAGCAACGUAGAUACCGUGGAACAAAAAGCUAUCCGCUGAUUAGAGUUUCCGUUAAGCCUUUGACGACCACAGGACACCGUUGAUCGGACGGGGGUUGUGUUUUAGCCUAUUCUGCCGUAAUAAAGUGUAGAAUGGGCUAGAAAUUUUGAAACUUUUUUUAAGAAAAGAAGGAAUGUUCAAAUCAUUCUACUUUUGGAGAUAUUUUCAAUUGAAGUAAAAAAAAAAAAAUUCAGAAAAAAUAAAACUUUUAUAACCAAAUCAAAGGGUUAAAUGAUGUUGGUUAAUUAGAGAGUCUUGUAAAAGGUUUGCUGUGUUUUACUGGUGCAAUCUCUUUUUGUCUGGUAAUUUUAGAGGUAAUGUCUUAAUAAUUUAGCUUGUCAGUAAAAAAAUUCUGAAAAAAGAAACCAGAUUUAUGUUUAUUUAUAAUAUUUUUUGUCGAGCAACAAUCUUUGACAAAAAUUUGUUUUACCUGA